CUAAAUUUUGUCUUGCUGCUGUCUGUCUGCAUUCACAAAAUGUGGUCACGUUGUGUUUGAAUGUGAUUGAGAUGGACGGAGUAAAUUGAUUUGUUUGUUUGGAUCGUGUUUACGAGGUGAAACGUGUUUAUAAGCUAAAUUUUAAAUUUAAAAUCAUGGUUGCGUUUUAUUCUGUUUAGGUUAUAGUUUAUUUUUGUAAACAUGGAUGGUGAUCAGAGCGAGAAGAAAAAACCUCAUAGAGAGAGACAUUCAGGUCGAAAAGCUGAAAAGAAGAAGAGCAAAAACGAACAUGUUCAAGAACAAACAGAUAAACAACGCAAUCCAAAAGCUUUUACUUUCAAUUCAGCUGUCAGAGCUGAACGUCGAUUCCGAAGAACACAAGAUAUUCAGACCAAGAAGCAGCAUGUGCCUGUGGUGGACCGAACACCCUUGGAGCCACCCCCUAUCAUGGUGGCAGUGGUGGGCCCUCCCAAGGUCGGAAAGUCCACUCUAAUACAGUGUCUUGUCAAGAACUUCACAAGACAACCGUUGACUGCCAUCAAAGGACCCGUCACUGUUGUUUCAGGCAAGAAAAGACGGAUCACUUUAAUGGAGUGUAACAACGACAUCAACAGCAUGAUAGACUUGGCUAAAGUGGCAGACCUGGUAUUGUUACUUAUAGAUGCCAGUUUUGGAUUUGAAAUGGAGAUAUUUGAAUUUCUCAAUAUUUGUCAGGUUCAUGGAAUGCCAAGAGUUAUGGGUGUACUCACACAUCUUGACAUGUUGAAACAAGCCAAAACCUUAAAACGUACCAAGAAGGUUCUCAAACAUCGUUUCUGGACAGAAGUUUAUGCUGGAGCCAAGCUCUUUUAUCUUUCAGGGCUUCUUCAUGGAGAAUAUUUGAGAAAUGAAGUUAAAAAUCUUGGACGUUUCAUUUCUGUGAUGAAAUUUCGACCACUUACUUGGCAAACCACACAUUCAUAUUUAGUUGCGGACAGAAUGGAAGACUUGACUCCUCCUGAAUUGAUCCGCCAGAACCCCAAAGUUGACAGAACUGUCAGUUUGUACGGAUUCGUCAGAGGAAUACCACUCAAUAAAGCAAGCAGUGUGCAUAUACCUGGUUGUGGAGAUUCAGUGAUCAGUGAUGUCUGCUUCCUGCCAGACCCUUGCCCUUUGCCGGACAAACUGAAGAAGCGAUCUUUGGUGGACAAGGAACGAUUGAUCUACGCUCCAUUCUCUGGUGUUGGAGGCAUUGUGUAUGAUAAGGAUGCGGUUUAUAUUGAGUUGGCAGGUAGCCAUUCACAUCAUAACGAGAUGGGUGGAAGAGACGAAUCAGAGCGAGAACUAGUAUCAUCAUUGCUUGAAACAAAGGAUACAUUAGAUGCAAAAAUUGCCAAAAGCCAACUGCAAAUAUUUUCAAACACCACACCCAUUACUGCUGAAGAGUUCCAGAGAGAUUCUGAAAAGACAAUAGAACAUCCUGAAAGAAAAAUUAGCAUAAGCACUGCAAGUGAUGGUCGUAAUAGAAGAAAGGUCAUAUUUGGAUCUGAUGACAACGAUAACGGCUUGAAAUCAGAAGAAAGUGAUGUUAGUGACAGCGAUGAAGAAGAAGAUACCGGAAUUAAAUCCGAAUCUGAUGAAGAUAAUGUAAAUUUUGAAGAAGAUAAUGAAGAAAAUUCAGAGGAUGAUGAAAAUGAACAAGAAAAUAGUGAUGAAGAUUCGGAAAUGUCUGAUAGUGAAGAAAUAGCUAAUAUUAAAAAAUCAAAAGUGAGAAGUAAAAGAUCUAAGUUAAUGAAAUCUACAUCUGGACUUCAAACCGUAAAAAGUAAUAAAAAAGAGAAACAAUUAUCCAAAAACGAUACAAGAAGAUCUGUUAAAGAAGCAGAGGAAAUGGAAGAAAUUAGUCAUCAAUUAAAAAGGAAGAAAAUGAUAGCUACAGAGGCUAUUGAAGAUGACUCGCACACUGAAAGUGAUGAAGACUUAGAUAAUUUUGUGAAUAAGAAAAAGAAGUCAUCCGAUGUAAAAGAGGAUAUCAAUACUGUCAGAUAUCAUGCCACUCCGUCUGACAAAGAUAAAGAGAUUCGCAAUAAAAUAUCUGAUGCUCUAGAAAAACUAAAGGAUUCAAAUCAAAGAAAUCAUCCGGCUGCUUCAUCAAACAAUGCUAUUUCUGAUGAUGAGAGCUUAGAUUCAUCAAGUGAUGACUUACAGUCCGCUGGUAGUGAUGGAGAAAGUUCCAAAGACGAAGAUAUCUCCAAUUUGAAUGGUGAUCAGGAAGAUUCCGAUGAAGAUGAAAAUAUGUCAGUAAAUGAAGAAUCAAGUAGUGUCAGUAGUGAAGAUGACGAGAAUGAAUCAUCUGCUGUCAAUUGGAAAGCAAAUUUAGCUCAAAAAGCUGCUGAUGCCUUUGUUGAAAGACAAAACAGCACUGCUAAUCUUUGGAAGUUGGUUUAUGAAGUAGCUGUUUGUUCAGAAGUUAUAAGUAAAAAGCAGGACAAAAAAAUGAAAGAAAAAGAUACUCUAAAUGCCAUGGAUGCCUCAAAAUUUGUUGUGUUUUCAGUGAGGGAUUGGUCUCAUGAACAGGCCCGAGAGAUGAUCAAAGACUGUUCUGUGACUGGCAAAUGGAAGAGCACAGAAGAUGAUGAAACUAUGCGACUGGAUGUGUUUCUGAUACACAACACAGAUGAAGAUAUGUUUGGUGACUUCGAAGAUUUGGAAACAGGUCAGAAACAUCAAGGAAAAUCAAAACAUAACAGUAAGGAAAGUGAGAAAGAUGAUAAAGAUGAUGAAGAUGAAGAUGAAAAGCCUCUCACAAAAAGCAGACUUGUCGAAAAGAAGAAAAAGCUAAAGGAAAAGUUUGAUGCUGAAUAUGAUGAAAAGGAUGGGAAGAAAAUACAUUUUUAUGAUGGUUAUAGGAUAAAGGAAGCGUCCAUGCAGGCUGAGUUAAACCGCAGUCAAUUUGAGGGAUUAGAUGAUGCCUUGAGGGUGCAAGCUGGAGGGGUUCCGUGCAGGAAUGUUGUGCGACUCGAACUGCAACAAAUGCCUUGUGAGCUAGUCCAACACUUUGAUCCCACUUACCACUUGAUUGGCGGUCUGCAGCCUGGUGAGGAGAAUGUUGGAUACCUUAAUGUAAUUGUAAAAAUGAAUAGAUGGUAUAAAAAGAUUUUAAAGACUAGAGAUCCUCUCAUAAUAUCCAUGGGUUGGAGAAGAUUUCAGACCUUGGCUGUUUACUCCAAACUGGAAGACAAUUUGAGGCACAGGAUGCUCAAAUACACGCCAGAACACGUUGUUGUCUGUAUGGCUCACUUCUGGGACCCAUCACAACGACCCAACACUGGCUUCUUGGCUGUACAGGAUGUUGCUUCUAAACAGACUGGCUUCAGAAUAGUGGCAACAGGAUCAGUGGUGGACUGCAAUAAGUCGACUGAUGUCACCAAGAAAUUGAAACUGACAGGUGUCCCAUUGAAAAUCUAUAAGAAUACUGCAUUCAUCAAAGGAAUGUUUAAUUCCUCGCUGGAAGUAGCCAAGUUUGAGGGUGCUCGUUAUCAAGACAGUGUGUCUGGGAUCAGAGGUAUUAUCAAGAAAGCAGUCAACAAACCAGAAGGAGCUUUCAGAGACUUUGAAGAUAAAAUCCAGUUGAGUGAUAUUGUCUUCUGCCGUAUGUUAUGGGGUGGAUAUUCCAAACAUUGUACAAUCCUGUAAACCUCUCUUCUGUUACCUCCUGACCAAAAGAAUCUGUGGCAGGGCAUGAAAACUGUAGGACAGUUGAAGAGAGAGAAAGGACUGCAAAGUGAACCUCAGAAAGAUAGUAUUCCUCUGAUAAUUUCCAAAGAAUUGCAGAAAAAUCUGCCGUACAAAGAUAAGCCGAAAGUUAUGGCUCUAAAGAAGAAGAAGGAAAAAGUUGCCGUUGUUCGAGACAUCCACGAGUCCCAGGUUGCUUCAAUGAUGAAAAAACUGAAAAACAAUUAUAAUGAAAAACGGGAAGAAGAGAGAAGGGCCAAAGUUAAAAGAUUGAAAGAUUUCAAAAAGAAGAUUGAGGCUGAAGAAGCAAGAAAGGACUUCAAAGACAGCGUAAAAUGAAAAAAGAUAGUGUUUACACUGUAAGUAAAACAGAGUCGAAAAAAACA